ACCAUUUUUAAUGGAUUAUGUAAGCACAACCAAACUAAAGCGUCAUAGCAAAAUAGACUGAACCGUCAUGGAACGUCCUUAGCCACAAAUUUUAUUAUAAAACUAACAUAAAGUAUUACCAGGGUUAUUAUAUGACGAGAAAAUAUUUUCUUUAUACAGUUAAUGAGUUAAUCAUUAAAUAAGUAGGAGAAAACCUGCUACGCAGAAAAUUUCGGUUUUUCUAUUCUAGUCAACAAUUUACUCACUGGCGUUUACGUCGUUUUGCCUUGUACUUACUCAUCGACCCAUUAUUCCGUAAACUUUCUCAGACGUCCGACGGCUACUAGUAUUGUUUUUUUUUUCAGGGAGAAAAUUGAUUGACAUGUCUGGGAAUUCACCAUCGUCUCUCCAGAGUGAGCGGCACAAUGACAUCAUACUGCAACCUGAAACAAUUCAGCCUAAUUUUCCGAAGUUAUCACGUAUACCUAAGUUUGACCGUUUGCUCCCUCGGUUCGAUCCUCAACAUCUUGAACAUCUUCGUCCUCACUACGAAACCUAUGCGAUGCCCUACGAAUUACAUACUUACAGCUCUAGCUGUGGCAGAUGUUUUGGUGAUGCUUGAAUAUAUACCAUUCUCUUACCUCCAAGAUAAAAGUUCCAUUUACUUUAGCCACGAAUUCGCGUCGUUCAUUAUAUUCCACUCCGUAUUCACUAACGCUUUCCACUUCAUUUCUUGUUCCCUCGCGACUAUUCUCGCCGUAUGGCGAUACGUCGCUGUUAAAUAUCCGCAGAACAAUCAGAAAUGGUGCGGAGAAACACGUACUAAACUCACCAUCUGCUUUACGUACAUUUUAUGCUCUUUGGUGUGCAUUCCGCUAAUUUUGUCGAUGGAAGUUAAAAGCCAAGACGCGUUCGAAACACCAGAUGGGAGCGUGGUCUUCAACGAUUCUGUCGAUGAAAACAACACCGAACUGAGAAACAUCACCAUCUACAUAACUGGCUACAAAAAUACAAUAUUUAGAGACAUCAGCUUUUACGUUUACGGAGUCGUCUUGAAACUAAUCCCAUGUAUAUUGCUGUCUAUCCUCUCUGUGCUGCUGAUCGUUGAACUGUUUAGAGCCAAGCAAAGGAAGAAGGUACUGCUUACGUAUUCGAAUGGCCGCAUGACAAACCAGAGAAUGAAUCAAAAACAUCUCGAAAAGGAGAGGCAAUUCAAUAGGACCACGAAAAUGCUGCUGGCCGUGCUACUGUUAUUCCUGAUGGCCGAAUUUCCGCAAGCUAUUAUGGGGCUACUGCAUCCUAUUCUCGGAUAUAAAUUCUACAAAGAAUGCUACGUCGCCUUGGGUGACCUUUUGGACAUAUUUACGCUGAUGAUAUCCGCCAUCAAUUUCGUCCUGUACUGCAUCAUGUCCCAAAAGUUUCGACAGGUUUUCCGGUCCAUGUUCUGCGGCUGCUGCAAAGACGAAGAGGAAGAGCCGUGCAUUGCGCUACAAGCUGCACUUUUGUAAAUCUGAAGUAAAUUUUCUCUAUAAAUUAUUUAUAUUUUACAUAUUUCUAUACAUGCAUAAAGGUUCUGUGAUGUUGUCCAAGUAUGUGACUUAAGUAAAAGAAUAGUGACCUGAAAGAGCUGCAUAAUUAUAAUGAGAGAAAAGAGUGCUAUUUAAUUUUGUAUAAAUUAGUAGUGAUGUUUGGAGGUAUUUCUAAAAUACCGAAAAAGUUAUAUUAUACCUUAAAACUUAAAUUUUCAAAAUUUUUUGGGUUAAUUUUGAAAUAUAGUUAGUAGUAUUACUUAGUUUCAAAAAUUCGCAGCGCAAUUUUUUAGUGAUAUCCAAUUCUUUUAUCCAAUUUAGUAUACGAUUUCUAGACUGGUUAGCCGCUAGAUUUAAAAAGGAUUGAAAGAAAGAAUUGUUCUCUUUCAGCUAAUUAUUAGAAAAGCCAUCAUAAGGAACUAAUGCAUCAGUUAAAAUUAUUUUCAAAUAUACAGGGUGUCGAGUUAACGACGAACUUUAAAAAAAUGAUUGCCGAUUGAAUUUGUAGAACUCGAUAACCCACUGAAGGUAUAUUUAUAUUGCCUGAUUUUUUAUUUGAUUUUCUAUUCUAUUUAUUGGAUAAUAUUUUUUUAAGGAUUUGUUGUAUUUGUUUUGAGUAUUGUUUACUGUUGCAACGUUUAUCAAGUGCAGAGACGAAACCCACCAUAAUAAAAUUAUUGUUGAAAUGGAUGAUAAUUAACAAAUGACAAAAUAGCUACACGAAUUCGGUUAAUGUACACUGACGAAGUAAUGUAUUUAGUCAACUUUCAAGUUUUUGAAACUACGUCGAUCUUCAUAACUCAUAUAUUUCAGGAUACAUUUUCUGCUGCGUCUGCAGCUUUCCCAACUUCAUAACGAAAUAAUAAAUUUAACAAUGUAAUUAUUAUAUCUAAGUAAGGAAUUUUUUUGGUUAAUUAUUUUAUUGGAAAAUACCAGUAGGCUAUAACACAAAUACGACAGAGCUUACAAAAUUUAUAUGAUUAGAUGGAAAAUCAGAUGGGAAAUUAGGCAACGUAAACUUACUUUUGCUCGUCAUUUAAUUUAGUUUUGUGCGUCUGUGUCCCAUACAAAAAAUAUUACUUUGAUGCGCCGCCAAUUUUAGAAUUUAGCUAGUAAAAAAAAGUUUAAAAUGCUAAAAACAAUUAACAAUUGGCCUACCUUGUAUGUAUCCUUUUACUUUUUCUUUAAAAAGACCUCGAAACUGCUUCCUGUAAUCCCCGAUGCGUAUCUAAAGUUAUUAUGAUUUUUAUUUUUUUUCAUUUUUUUUUCAAAAUGUGUAAUUUGUUGCCUUAAUACUUCAAUUGUGGUUGAAAAUAGCUCAGGAUUCAAAUAUUGAUGAGUGCCGUGAUUAGGCAGUUGUUAGUCGGUUUCAUUACUUCGAAGUAAUAAAACUUGCAGGCUGUGUCGAUUAGAGGAAAAGAAAUUAAUAAAUAUUUUUUAAUAAUUUUAUUUUUAUAUCUGAGAGACAAAUAUGUAUUUUUAAAAUAUAUUAUUUUCGUCCCUUCUUGAGAAUAUUUCAAGGCUUCAGCCCAUGUCGCUCAGCCGUGUACCAUACCAUGCUCGUUGUUUGUUCUUCUGUAAGUAAUUGGUAAGGUAUUCUUGAAAAAUAAAAAAUGGAAUCAAUAUAAGCUGAUCAAUAAAAGGUUGAAAUAAUUUAAACAUCUUCUAAAAUAAAUGUAACAGAUUGACGCAGUUUGAAGAACGUUUCAAUUUCUCUCGUAGAUUUAUAUCAUUCCUACUCUAGGGAUAAACCGUAGAGACAAUUGUGUAUUAUUGUUAUUGUUGUAGUCGUUGCUUCUAAUUAGUCUAUUAUUAGCGAUAAAGUAAAGUUUUUGCAAUACUAGGCUCAUGAAACAAAAGAAGCCGUUUUCAAAAUAAUCUGGCUUUGUUUUUGAGAUGCAAGUUGAAACAGAAAAUCUGUUUCCCUUUAUAUUUUAUAUACCCUGUGUCAUAAAAGGAUGAUGAAAGAGCCAUCUUAUAGAUCUUUUUCAAUAUAAUCCAGUGACUACUCAAAUUAAUGGAGUCCCCCGUACUUUUUUUGGGAUAUUUAUUCGCUUUUCAAAAAUGAAUAAUUAUUUAAGUCUACAUUAUUUAAAUAAACAUGUAUUAUAACAUUUUUUGAAAAUGUACUUCCUAUCCUAAUUUUAUUCUACUUAGCAAUCUUCGUAUUAUUAUUAUUAUGUGAAAAAAUACGAUUUGUCUUGCUUCAACAGUAAAUUAUUCAUUCCAACACUGUAGCAAUGUUCCUCAAAAUACCUAUUAUAAAUUGAUUAAUGGCCCCAAUACCAAAAAAAAUAUCAAAAAUCUUGGAAGCAAUGCACUGAAAGGCUAUAUCAGAGCAAUUAAAUUCAUUGAUGUGAACAAUAAGAAAAGGUAGUUACUAAAUACGUAUAAACUUUUUUAAAACUUCUGGA